AAACGGGGCAUCGAGAGGGGUUUUCUUGAGCAUCGCCGGGAUUCGCUUUGUUUAGUCUUAUAUUUUACAUUAUUUUUCUAAAGAAUGGAGAAGAAAGACAAGGAAUCCGGUGGCAGCACGAACAACAGUGGCGACGAAGGCGCUAAAAAGAGGGAGAGAAAUAGCCCUCCGCAGUCAGCACAACAAGGCCAGGGGACUGCGACUGCAAGCCUACCCGCCUCGGCCAGCGGGGCAGAACCGAAGACAACCAUGGCAUCCCACGCCAGCGGUCAUGGGAGUGGGAAGUCAUCCAGUUCUCAAGCUUCGGGCUCUGGAAAGCAUCGUCCAACACCAGUUUACAGCAUCAUGCCAGUUUCAAGCUAUGGAUCAAGUCACAAAGGCCAUGCUUCCAAUGGAAGUGAUGAACCUCUCCGAAGAACAAGCAGGAGGAAAAGACCACGGGUUGAGUAUCGGGAAAUGGAUGAAAAAUUGGCGAAUCUUUCUGAGGAUGAAUACUUCUCAGAAGAAGAGAGACAAUCCAAGAGAACGGCCAAAAACCCAGAAGAAGAGGAACCGGAAGAAGAGCUGUCUGAACCAAAAGGUCUUGAGGGUGCUGCUUUCUCUGCCCGUCUACCCCAUGAUAAGAUGACAUCCCAAGAGGCUGCCUGCUUUCCUGAUAUCAUACACAGUCCCAUGCAAACCCAGAAACUGUUCUUAUACAUCAGGAACAGGAUUCUUCAACUUUGGCUUGAGAAUCCUAAAGUACAGCUGACCUGUGAGAUUGCCCUUCCUCAAAUUGAAGCACCAUAUAAUAGUGAUGUUCAGCUGAUUGUACGUGUUCAUGCCUAUCUAGAAAGACAUGGCUAUAUCAACUUUGGUGUUUACAAGAGACUCCAACCACCACCACAAAAAUCUUCAUACAAGGUCAUCAUUAUUGGAUCAGGUAUAGCUGGGUUGACUGCUGGCAGGCAGCUCCAGACAUUCGGUAUCGACGUCAUCCUCCUUGAAGCUCGAGAUCGGGUCGGUGGGCGUGUAACGACAUACCGCAAGAACAACUAUGUGGCUGACCUUGGUGCCAUGGUGGUCACUGGUCUGGGUGGAAACCCAAUGACCAUUAUCAGCAAACAGGUCAACAUGGAGCUAGCUAAGGUCAAGCAGAAGUGUCCACUCUUUGAGAGUGGUGGCCAGACGCAAAUCCCCAAGGAUAAGGAUGAGAUGGUUGAGAGAGAAUUCAAUCGAUUACUCGAAGCGACAUCUUACCUCUCUCAUCAACUAGACUUCAAUUACCUCUUAGGCAAACCCGUCUCAUUAGGCGAGGCUCUGGAACUAGUCAUCAAAUUACAAGAGAAGCAGGUGAAAGAGAAGAAAGGAGAUUAUCUGAGAAACAUCAUCAGUCUUCAAGAUGAACUCAAGCAAGUACAGUCCAAGAUAUUGUCCUUACAAGAUAAGAUCAAGGAAUUGAACAGACAGCACAAGAAAGCCACAGAGAGCAAACAGACCAGGGAUAUCACUGCUGAGUUUGUGGUUCGUAGUAAACUCAGAGAUCUCAGUGCAGCAUGCAAGGAGUAUGACAAUGAGAAAGAGAAACAGAAGGAACUUGAAGAGAAGAUCCAAGACUUGGAAAACAAUCCACCAAGCGAUGUUUACCUCUCAUCUCGGGACCGUCAAAUCCUUGACUGGCACUUUGCUAAUCUAGAGUUUGCCAAUGCCACGCCCCUCUCCACCCUAUCCCUCAAACACUGGGAUCAGGACGAUGACUUUGAGUUCUCGGGAAGUCAUCUGACCGUUCGUAAUGGCUAUUCCUGCGUCCCAGUGGCCUUGUCCGAGGGAUUGGACAUCAAGCUCAAUACCGUGGUCAGACAGAUCAAUUACACAUCAACAGGUGUAGAGGUAGUAACCCAGAGCAUUAAAGGUCAGAGUGGUAGCACUACAUUCAAGGCUGAUGCUGCCCUCUGUACCCUUCCUCUAGGAGUCCUCAAGCAAGCUCCACCCGUAGUCCACUUCUCACCUCCUCUACCAGAGUGGAAGACAAGUGCAGUACAGAGAAUGGGAUAUGGUAAUCUGAAUAAGGUGGUGCUGUGUUUUGACAAGUGUUUCUGGGACCCAGUCAUCAAUCUGUUCGGUCACGUUGGAAGCACCACCGCCAGCCGCGGGGAGCUGUUCCUAUUCUGGAAUCUCUACAAAGCUCCUGUUCUUCUAGCCUUGGUGGCCGGCGAGGCUGCUCAGAUCAUGGAGAAUGUCAGUGAUGAUGUCAUUGUUGGUCGAUGUCUCACUGUUCUCAGGGGUAUCUUUGGAAACAAUGCUGUACCACAGCCCAAAGAUGCUGUGGUAACCCGUUGGCGUGCAGACCCAUGGUCCAGAGGAUCCUACUCCUAUGUAGCUGCAGGAUCGUCAGGCAACGACUACGAUCUGAUGGCCACACCUGUCACUCCCAAACCCAUUGUGCCUGGAGUGCCACCCCAGGCCAAUAACCUCCCAAGGCUCUUCUUUGCAGGUGAACACACCAUCAGGAACUACCCAGCCACAGUCCAUGGUGCUCUACUGAGUGGUCUUCGGGAGGCAGGACGCAUUGCUGAUCAGUUCCUAGGAUCCCCUUACGCUCCACCGGCUAGGAGAUAAUUCAGACUUUGA